CUUGGAUCACACCAGUGAAUGGCACUCCUUUUUUUAAGCUGAAGGAAAAAGUUAAAUUCACCAAGAUUGCCUUACUUAUCUGGAGUUCUUCUUUCCAGUCACAGCAUCAGAGGCUUAUGGCUGAGCUCACCCACAAGCUGGAGACUAUCAAUGCAGAUAAAACUGAAGAUAAUUGGGAUGAAUGGAUCAAAACUCGAAGGGAGCUGAAUAAGGUGCAUUCUCAAGAAGAAGUGUCAUUGGAAGAUUUUGGAGGAGAUGGUAUUGAUUACAGUUCCGCUUUCAAUACAACUACAUUUUUUGUUAGUGAUGAGGCUGCGAUUGAUGAUGCAAAAAGUACGGCACUUCUGAAUGGUUUCAAUUUGACUAUUUCGAAACACACAAAAGGAAGAAGGUUGAAAAUCUUGAAGUGCAAUCGAGGCGAACGUUAUAGACGCAAGAAGAAGGUAGAUGUUGCUUCUAGAAAAUCGAAAACCAACAAGUGCCAGUGCCCUUUUGAGAUAAGAGUAAAGCGGGUGCCCGGAACGCAAUUCUGGAUGAUCCACAAGUGUCUAAACGAAGAGAAGGGCUUCCACAAUCAUUCAUUUGCUGUGUAUCCCGAGGGCCAUCGACAGUCGAGCGGCAUCAGCCAGUCAUCAAAGAAGAUUAUUUGUGAUAUGUCUGCUGCGCAUGUGACACCAGCAAAUAUUUUGGCUGUUGUCCAGGAAAAAAAUCCAGGAGAUCACGCGACUGUGCGACAGAUAUAUAACUAUAGAGACAUGUUGCAGAAGGAGUGUUUUGAGGGUAGAGACGUUACUACCCAGCUUCUACAUUUGGCUAGGAGCAGCAGCUAUAUAGUUUAUACAGAUUUCCAUCCGGACACAAAUGCCUUGACACACAUAUUCAUGGCCCAUCCUGAUUCAGUCAGACUAUUCCAGACAUAUCAUUUGUAUGUCGGCAUAGAUUCCACCUACAAAACCAACAGGUACAAGAUGCCUUUGGUCGAGAUGAUUGGCAUGACUCCGUGCAACAAUAACUUCUUGAUUGCGUACGCACUCGUGAAGGACGAGAAAGAGGUCAGUUAUGACUGGGUUCUCCAUAAGCUGAGACUUCUGAUAGGCUCUGAG